AUGGCUUUAAAAUUAGAUACAACCAUAUCAUCUAUGAAUGGCAGUAAUAUUGACAGUAAUGGUAACAAUACUGGUGGUAUAAUAUUCAAAACAAAUAAUAAUCAUUCACCGAGCAGUAACGAUUCCGGUUUUCAUAGUGAUCGAUUACAACAGCAUCAGCAAUCAAAACAAUCACAACGAACCAUAUCCCGAAAUCGUGGUAAUAUCAAGCAUAAGCCAACUUAUGUCAGCGUAUUUGCUUCUGAUCCGGAUUGUUCCAGUCCAUUAUUUGAUGAAUUCAAUCGACGUUUCGCCGCCAAGUAUCGGUUUGAAAUUCGGCCGAACUUCCUUAAUGGUACGCUUUAUCCACCUACCGGGGAUGAAGAGAUGCUCUUUGUUCCAUCGAUAACUGCUCCGUUAAUAACACCAUCCAGAGAGUCAAUAUCACCCUCGUUCAUAAAUACGAACAUUUCAUCGGAUGCCGUUAUUCAUCCAGAAACUUCAGGACAAACUUAUUUCAAUAAGCAGCAAUCUCUCUUAACACAUCCUACAAGUAUUUUUCAACAGGAACAGCAAUUUCAACCUUCUCAUUCAACUACGGAUCCAGAAACCUCGGUACAUGAGAAAUUGCGUGAUACAACAACACCUUCCAAUAUUCCUUCAUCCAACGGAAUAUCCAAUUCAAAUCAAUCAGUGCAAGAAAUUGUGGCGCAAAAAAGUUAUAAAUAUCCUCCUCAAAAAAGUGAAAUAGAGGAAGAUACGACGUGGAUUAGUGAACAUAAAGAAGAAAAAUCGGAAGUAUCUAUAAGAGAAUCGCUGAAUAAUUUGUAUUCAAAAUUCCGGGAAAAUUCAUCAACUGAAGCGGAGAUCUUAAACUAUCACUUGUAUCCACGAAUAGCUGCUAAACCAGAGGAAUUUUAUAUUACUUUAUCAAAGUCAAUAGAUCUUCCAACAACAAAGUUACUGUACGAUAAUUCUUCACAGCCAAAUGACGUAAUGGAAAUGUUGGAUACAAAUGAGCAGCAUGAAAAUGGAAAAUUAUGCGACGAUAGCGCCGUCAUGAAACAAUCAUCUGCCAAUGAGAUAUAUUACGUGUCUGAUCCUGUUACCGAGCUGCUGUCAGGAAGUAUAUCUUUAGAAUCAGAAAAUUCUUCACCUCAGCAAUCAUUUAUAAGACCUCAAGAAACACCAAUAUCGAAACUCCUUGAUUCAAAAAUUGUUCCUAGAAAUGAUCAAAAAAGCGCUGACCUGGAAGAAUCUCCACUUCAGAUUCUGUCUCGUAACCCGGAAUUUGAAAUGACUUCGCUAAGGCCGAAAAAUCGACUGGUGAACGUCGAACAAUGUAUUAGUUACCGUGAAAACUUGAAUUCACUCGAAAAUCCUACGAAAUCUGAAGAUACUUCAAAAGCAGAAACAUACUCGGACAUCGGAAAAAGUCGCUUUGUUUCAUUUGUACCUGCUACAAAAUUCAACCGGAUCAUCUUUCAAAGGCCGGACAUGCUGGGAAAUCUCAAUAACAGCGAAAAGUCGACUUCAGCUGUGUUUGAGAAAUCUGACCCAAUCGUUCCUACCAAUUCCAUUCAUCCAACACGGGAAAAUUCUGCUACAUCAAUUCCGAGGAAACCGGAGCAUUCUCAUGUAAUUGACCGGGUAGUUUCCAUUAACGAAUUACAAACGACGAUAUCGUCAAAUGAAAAAUUCGAGAAUCCCAUAGCACCAGUUGUUCCACGACGCGUCAGAGAUGAUGAAAAAUCUGUUCCGUUUAAUAAGCUUAUUGAAAAGUUUACAAAAGCAGAUAAUGGUGCAAUUCCAACACCGAAAGCAUUCCAAAGUAACUCUAGCAAGUCCACUACGAUGCGAGGUAGUGGUAGUACUGUUCCGAAAGCGAUAACAUCAAAUCUGCUCACUUCAAAGAAAAUUCCAUAUAGUGGUAGCAAAAUGAUCAGUGAGAGAUUCACUGAAAGAAAUUCAACCAGUAUUGAAACUUCAAGAAAUAAAUUUUCAACUGUUAACAAUGCGUCCAUUCCACAAUCCGAAAAUUUAUUUGCAAAAGUAAGGGCAUUAUUUGAAAAGAAUGCCGAACCUCUUCCAGUGAUCUCAGGAUCACAUAAUGCUGAGAAGAAAUAUAUCUCUACUGUGGAAGAAAAUAUCAAAGUGGAGAAAUUUUCCAAAAUUACUCAACAAUAUGAAAAAGCUGAAAAAAAAUCUCCAAUUACGACAAAAGAGAAUUCGGAAGUAUGUUCAUCCAUGAUGGAAAAAGUAUCGAGUACAAAAAUGUAUCCAUGUAUACCGGAAACAGAAUCUUCUGUAGGAGUUAUGAAAGGACUCGAUUUCUCACGUUUCGAUCAUAUAACAGACGAUAAGGUGAUUGGAAGACCACUUGAAGCAGAUGAAACGGAACAAGCGGCACUUCAAAUAGCCAAAGAGGUAACAUCAAGCAAUGAAUUGCAUAAGCAAGGACAGCCAUCUGAAGUGGAGUUAAUGGAGUGCAAAAGUUUGUUGGGUGAGAAAUUUACUGAUUAUGAUAUUUUCAAAGUAAUAUUGAAAAGAUCGGCAAAUAAUCCGGAAGGUUCAGUUGGUGUGAUUCUGAGUUCAGCAGCUUCUGGUGAUCAAUAUAUUAGCGUGCAAAGGGUGAUAUCGGGUAGUAUUGCGGAUCGAAGCGAUCUCAUCGAAAAAGGCGAUCGUGUUUUUUUCGUGCAAGGUCACUCGACGAAACAGAUGUCGGCUACAGAUGCACGAACCUUAAUCAAACAGAGAACUGAACAUGUUGUUUUCAUACUUGGACGAUUAAAGAUAAAAUCAAAUGACAUGCCAACUGAGCCUACUAAAUUUGUCUCCACCGCUAUUGCUGAUCCUGAUUUGUUCAAUUACUCAACGGAUUCCGAAGAAGUGAUACUGACAAAAGGCAAUCUUGGUGUCGGUUUAGCGCUUGAUGGUGGCCGUGGGUCAGUGUUUGGUGACCGACCAAUUAUUAUUAAAAGGGUUUUUGAAGGUGGUUCUGCAGCACGUAGCGGUCGUAUAAAAGCUGGUGAUCAGGUGAUCACAAUUGAUGGAAUCGAUAUAAAGGGUAUGAGUUAUUUAGAAGCAACAAAAACGCUUCGAUCACGUCCAGAAGGACCGUUAAAGCUGGUUAUACUUCGUCGUUUGUAA